AUGGACUCGUUUUUGAACACCACGGAUAACUACCUUUCCAUUAACGCCACUAACGGCUCCGGUUUGAACGAAACAGAGGGAUAUAACCAGUUCGUGCAGCCGAUCUGGCAGAUCGCUCUCUGGGCCAUCGCCUACUGCAGCAUGGUGUGCGUCUCGGUGAUCGGUAACCUGGUGGUCAUCUGGAUCAUCCUCGCGCACAAACGCAUGAGGACCGUGACCAACUACUUCCUGGUGAACCUAGCCUUUGCAGAGGCAUCUAUGUCUGCCUUCAACACAGUGAUAAACUUUGCAUACAGCAUCCAUAACGAGUGGUACUUUGGUUUGGGCUACUGUCGGUUCCAUAACUUCUUCCCCAUUGCAGCAGUCUUCACCAGCAUAUACUCCAUGACCGCCAUAGCACUGGAAAGGUACAUGGCUAUCAUCCACCCCCUGAGGCAGAGGUUGUCUUCAGCAGAGACCCGUGUAGUGAUCGGAGGGAUCUGGGUGUUAGCUCUACUAUUGGCCUUCCCCCAGUACUACUACUCAGCUACUGACAAGCUGCCUGGUAGGACUGUUUGUUACAUCCAAUGGCCUGAAUACACCAAUGACACAACCAUGGACUUCAAAAAGAUGUACUCUGUGUCUGUGGUGUUGCUGUACUACUUCCUGCCGCUGUGCAUUAUGGGAUGUGCCUACCUGGUGGUGGGCUCGUCCCUGUGGGCGGGGACUAUCCCUGGAGACUCCACCCACCGUUACCGAGAGCAGCUAAUCGCCAAACGCAAGGUCGUGAAGAUGAUGAUCGUGGUGGUGUGUACGUUUGCAGUGUGCUGGCUGCCUUACCACAUCUACUUCCUGCUCCAGCAGUUCCACCCUGACCCCAUGCAGCUGUUUGAGUGGCGCUACAUCCAGCAGGUCUACCUGGCUGUUCUGUGGUUGGCCAUGAGCUCCACCAUGUACAACCCUAUCAUCUACUGCUGUCUCAAUGACAGAUUCAGGGCAGGCUUUCAGCAGGUGUUCUGUUGGUGUCCGUGUGUUCCUGCCGCCUCCUACGAGGGACUGGAACUCAAGUCCACCCGCUACCUACAGACCCAGAUGAGUGUGUACCGGGCCAGCCGGAUGGAGACCAGUAUGUCAACAGUUCUGCAGCCCACUGAGGAGGAGCGCUGUGGGGCAGAGCAGCCAGCCAGCCCCCCUAUCACCCAGACAACCAUGGAGCUCACCUCCACCUCCAACGGCUCAGCCUCACGAUCAGCCCUCAACCCCCCCGACAGCCCUGCUUACUACGGCAGACAUAACAUGGACUAGUGGCCUAACAAACGCCUAACUGGAUUAGUCGUGGUUUAAUCUCACUUAACCCAGAACAAAAAUGUUACGUCAUUUGGUCAGCUGCUCGAUUAGGUUCUAGGGGGAAGUGUGUUAGAAAUGGAGAUUUCCGUUUUGUCUCCACUCUCACAAAAGGAAAAUCUCAGUCAAUCCCUCCCACCCCCUUCUGAUAUUUUCACCGGUGGUUAUCAUCCGCCGAAGUAAAGCA